AUACGAAGACCCAACCUGGAUUCUCAAGGCAAGGUGUGUGCCACAGAACCCAAACGGCAGAAAGUUCUGGAUCACAGAGAACGAAUUCAUCUUCAUCUUGUUUUUACGUGUAUAGUUACCACCCAAAAAGGAAAUCUAAAAAAUUGUGGGGAAUCUUUUGAUUUUGAGGUUCAGUAUAGAUUAGAUGGAUAAGUCUAUUUGGUUUUAACGAAGCCACCAAAUUGAAGAGAGAGCUUAGGGUUCAGAAACUUGGAUUCUGAACUGGGUUUCUCUUGGAAAUAAAAGAAAAUAUGGCGGAGCUUUGUUUGAUGGCUUCUUAUGGUUACCCGCCGGGGCUUGUUUAUCAUCAAGAACAGGGCAUGAGCAGGGUCAUCAAGGAUUGCCAACCUUACUUGCCAUAUCAAGGGGCUAGACAAGAGAUAACAAGACCUGAUUACCUUAAUCUCAGGUCACAUCAAUCUGAGGAGCCGUGGAAGGCUAUGAGUGGGUUCUGUGAGUCUAACCAGUUUGUCAAGAUCGACUCGACAGUUAGAAGGCCUGGGCUCAUUGACGUGCAAGAUUCUAGGCCAGACUUGGUACUCUUCAGCUCUGGCAUAGCUGAGCAAUGCACAAGACAUGAGAAAAUCAUGCGGUUUCUUAAGUCCAGAUCAAGUGAGGCUGAAGGAGGUGUUUUGGAUUUGUCUUUACUCUCUGACUUGAUGGGGCUUCAACCAUUGACAUUUGAUUCACGUCAACAGCCGUCAUCUCCUUCUCUCAUUUACCCUACUAAUGAAUUAUUAGAACAGAAGCCUCUCAUGGACUUUGUGGGAGAUAUGGCCUGUAGUUCAAAAAUCACCAUUCAUCCUGAUGGUAGAAUCUUGUUCACUGGUAGUGGGACUGAGAUGAAUGACUUCCUUUCCAUUGUUGCUGAGUUUUACUUAUCAAGAAAUUCUACUAAAUGGACGAAGCAGUCAUUGCUGAUUCCACAUUUUGACAGGCUUGAGAGCAGUGAAGCUCAGGUUAAUAAAUCUGCUUUGAAGACUGAAGCUGUAACUGUUGCACCUUUGAAGAGUCCUGAGAAAAUCAAAGUCAAGCCAAAGAAGAAGAACAGUAGAAAGAUGGGUAAGGAGAGGGAUCUUUAUCGAAGGAGCUACUUCCAUGCUUGUGAGAGCCUCCUAUCCUUGAUGAUGAACAAAAGACAAAAUGGAAAAACAGCUAUCCUUUCACUAAAGAAAUCAGGUCCUGAACUUCCUGAGCUCUUAACUCAUUUUUCUGCUGGCAUUGCUGGGACUGGCCUUGCUGUUCUUUUCUCUGUAAUCUGCAAAGUAGCUUGUGGGAGGGUUCCGUUCUGCUCAUCGAAAGUUUUAAAUACUGGCCUUGCAUUUGGGCUGGUUUGGCUCUCUUGGGCAGUAAAUAGACUGAGGGACACUGUUAUGUUGAUUAGUAAGAACGGAAGCAAAAUGGAAUUGAAGGAGGAGGAGAUAAUGAGGAGAGUAGAGAAAAGCAUAAAUGAGAUAUACUUCAGAGCUGCAACUUUGAUAGCAGUGAUUCUGCUUAGGGUUGCAUGAAUAAAUGUCAAUGGAAAUGAUGAAGGUUUUGAAAGCAUGGUGAUGUGGUGGAAACUAUUAGUGUAAAUGUUGUAAGUUGAGUGAUGAUAUUAUUUGAGCUUUGCGUGAUUCUGAAGCGGAGGUAGCGAAGUCAUGUGAUGAGUAGCUAAACAAUUUUGAUUUUGAUUCCAGGCAAUGGCUGUGUGAAGAUGACUUCCUUUGUGUCUAUGUUAUUUGUAUAUUGAUGUGAAUUUUAAUAGAGAAUUUAUGCAUGCUUUUGAGUAGCAAGCAGGUGAUUGCAGGAGAGCGGAAUGGUGAAUAUAUUGGAAGCGUUUGUCUGAUUAACUUCUAAUGAAGUGCUGAACGAAACGAUGGAAUAAGUUAGGGUUAUAAAGGGGAGAAAUUUAUGGAUUUUUUUGUUCAAGGAGA